AUGCUCAAGCCGCCGAUUAACAACUACUGCGUGUACAACGACAAUGUAACCGUCAUGAUUGUCGGUGGCCCCAACGAGCGCACAGACUACCACAUCAAUGAGACGCCAGAGUGGUUCUACCAGCACAAAGGCUCCAUGCUGCUCAAAAUCGUCGACCAAUCUCGUCCAGCUGCCGAGCAGUUCCGCGACAUACACAUCCACGAAGGCGACAUGUUCUUGCUGCCACCGAACACGCCACACAACCCCGUGAGAUACAAGGAUACAGUGGGCGUGGUUUUGGAGCAGAAGCGGCCUGAGGGAAGUCAAGAUCGGCUGCGGUGGUAUUGUCAGAGCUGUGGCGAGAAGGUACACGAAGCGAGCUUCCACUGCACAGAUCUGGGGACGCAGAUCAAGGAAGCGGUAAAUGGCUUCAAAGCCGAUAUGGAGGCGCGGAAGUGCAAGAACUGCGGGACGAUAUGCGACACGGCGCCAGCGAAGGCAUGA